AUGGCGCCCCGCGCGCCGACACUCCUAUCCCUCAUCUCCUCGACGUCAUAUCCGCCAUUACCGAGCGUCGAGGAGCUGGAGCAGCUGCGCAAUGCGCUCGAGGCGCAGGCCGCUAGCGUCGCGGUGCGCUCCGCAGCUGCAGGCGAAGACAACCGCAAGAAGGACAAGAAGAGGAAGGACCGCGAGGCGACCGACGACCGUGAGCGCGCUGCCCUUGCCGCGAAUGAGCGCUCUGGGAUGGCUCUCGACGCCGUGGAGCGGAGAAGAAUGGGCAAUGACGACGUGAAGGUCAAGCGGGAACGAGAAUCCCCUGCACCGAGCAAUGCGUCUUCUGCGUCGUUCCGGCCACAUGGUAACCAGACGACGUACGGCAACGGACACAAGAAGAAGAAGGUCAAGCGCGUACUUGAUUCAGAAGACGAGGGAACACCACACGGACAGUCAACGUCGGGCCUAAAGCUGAAGCUGCCGAACGGAUCGAACAACAAGUCGCGGCCGUCGAUUGACCCGAGUCCGACACCGUCGAGCUCAACGCUGAGCGCAGGUCAGGGUGGAGGGAACAUUGACUGGAACCUGCCGCCGCCGCCGCAACGAGCGCUGGUCCCGCCGCGACCCGGCGUGCAGAAGCCGCUGAAGCCCGGACCGAAGCGACAGGCAGAUGUCGACGAGGACUUCAGCGACAAGAAGGCGCCGUCACAGAUCGCCGUGCAGACGUUCUGGCAGAACAUUGAGCCGUACAUCCGCGACAUUCGCGAGGAUGACCUCGCCAUGCUCAACUUCAAGGCGGACACGCCCGAGUCGUAUGUCAUUCCGCCCCGCGGUCGGCACUACACCGAGAUCUGGGACGAGGAGGACGGCAACCCGCCGGGCACGACGCCACGUGUGCCUGUGCCCGCCAUGCGCCAGCCGACGACAAACCAGCCGGUCGUGCACUGUGUUCCGACGGAUCUGCGAGAUCCGAACCUAGCGGAGGAGAACCGAGGUCUGGGCCCCAUGACGGAGCGUGUUGUCGCGGCUGUCGUCGCCGGAAACGACCUCGCUGACGCUGCCAAGCAAGAGGCGGCUGGCAAGCCUGAGCCUUUCGAGGAGAACCCGCAGGCGCCCCGCGUGGACGUCGUGGACCUCGAGGACAAGGUCAAGAAGGAGCUCAGGAGCACGAUGCUGCUGGGGGAGCAUGAGGAGACUGCCAUCAACGACGAGCGCAAGGCGCGUCUUGCACGAGUAGCGAAGGACCGUCUCGCAUACGGAGAGUACCAGAACGUGCUCGACGAGAUUGAAAAGUCGAUCGAGGCUGCCUGGGCGAAGCGCACCAAGAAGCACGGCUCUGGUGGCAAGCAGGUGCUCCAGGGCGGUGUCAUCUCGGGCGCAGGACGACCACCGGUUCCUGAGUCGUUCAAGCAGAAGCUCAGCGUGCGCGACCGAUGGAUCAAACAGGUCGGCAAAACAAUGCUGGACCGGCCCGCGGGUGAGGUCAUUGGCACCCCCACGAAAAGCAUCUACGAGGGAAUCGGGGAAGGAAGCGAGGAAAAGGACGAAAAGGCGGUGGACGAGGCUAUGGAGGUGGACGAGGCCGAGGCGGACGAGGUCGAGGGCAUGGCCGUGUAA